CGUCGUCUCUACCUCCUCGUUCGCCGCCUUCGCCAACGGUCCCUCACUCUCUUUUCUUUUACAACACCGCAACUAGGACCUCGGUUCCAUCGUAAUCCUGUUCCUCGCCUACUAGUUCUCGUAAUUCUUCGAUACACCUCGACAAUUCACUAGCCUAGAGACGGGAACACACGAUCACUCAUCCACGAUGCUCUCUUUGCUGGCCCUAACUCUAGGGGCCGCAACUGUCCUUGCUCAAACCACUCGGGGUGGUGAAGGCCACGUAGGAGGUAGCCUCGAAGAUGGCGGAAACACUCAGGUCUCUGCUAUGAUGAUGUUCCUUGGUAACGAAGACAUCGUUUACAUUCUAGACAAGUCGGAAGGCAAUGCUGUUAUGAUCAACGGCCAUCCCGCUGUGGGUGCUGUCUACGACAUUGCGUCUAGGACAGCAACCCCGAUCGAAGUCGCAUCCAACCCCUUCUGUGCAUCCGGUGCGCACAUGCCGAAUGGCUCCUUCCUUGCGCUUGGUGGCAACGGUGCUGUUGGUCCCGGCGCUAACCCCGGCGAUUCGGACAACGGCAACUACGAUACCACCUAUGGCGAUCUCUCUGGUCAGACCUCUAUCCGUGUCAUGAAUCCUGUCGGAUGCGAUGGUAGCGCCGCCGCCACCGCCGCCAAUUGCCAGUGGUACGACAACCCUUCAGUGACCCAUCUCCAGGCCAUGCGUUGGUACUCAACUGCUGAGGCCAUGGGCGACGGUACCGUCGCCAUCAUAGGUGGUUUCACCAACGGUGGUUACAUCAACCGCAACUACCCCGACGACACCGAUCCUGUGUGGCAGGGUGGUGCUUCCACGCCCACUUACGAGUUCUGGCCACCUAGGAACACAAGUCUCCCCGUCAUGCAGUUCUUGGUCGACGCUGGCGGUCUUAACUCUUACGCCCUUACUUACCUCCUGGCGUCUGGAAAUAUGGUUCUUCAGGCCAACGUCUCAACCAUUCUCUGGGACCCUAAUACUGGCGAAGAAACACCUCUCCCUCCCAUGCCCGACAAUAUCGUUCGCGUAUACCCCGCUUCUGGUGCCAACGCGAUGCUCCCUCUUACUCCCGCAAAUAACUACUCCCAGACCGUCAUCUUCUGCGGUGGUAGCGACAUGCCCGACGAAGCCUGGGGCAACUACUCUUGGCCGUUCAUCAACACAUGGGACUACCCCGCGUCUCCUAAGUGCCACCGUCUUGAGCCUGAACCCCAGGAUGGCUCCUCUCCCGCGUAUGUCGAAGAUGACCCCAUGCCCGAAGGUCGUACGAUGGGUCAGUUCAUUGCCCUUCCCGAUGGCACUAUGUUGGUCGUCAAUGGAGGCGCCAACGGUACCGCUGGCUACUCGGAGCAGACUCUCCUGACUCCUACCUACGGCCAAAUGCCGUACGGAAUGUCGCUAGCAUCUGGUCCUGUCCUUCAACCUGCGAUCUAUGACCCGAGGAAGCCCACUGGUCAGCGUUGGAGCAACGAAGGUCUUGCCUCCUCGAACAUCCCUCGCCUCUACCACUCGUCUGCCAUCCUCCUCCCGGAUGCUUCCGUGUUGAUUGCUGGUUCUAAUCCAAAUGUUGAUGUCAACCUGACGACUGUCUUCCCGACUACCUACCAGGCUGAGAUCUUCUACCCUCCUUACUUCAGUGCGGCUGUUCGUCCGUCGCCUCAGGGUAUGCCGAACACGCUCUCGUACGGCGGUCCUUCCUUCGACAUCGUCCUCCCUGCGUCCUCAUACUCUGGUACUGCCAACGAUGCAGCUGAAAACAGUACUGUUAUCCUCAUACGUACUGGCUUCACGACGCACGGGAUGAACAUGGGCCAGCGUCACCUGCAACUGAACAACACCUAUACUGUUAGCCAGAAUGGUUCCAUUACGCUUCACGUCUCCCAAGCGCCCCCCAACCCGAACCUCUUCCAGCCGGGCCCUGCUCUGCUUUUCGUCACCGUCAACGGCAUCCCCAGCAACGGCACGUACGUUAUUGUUGGCAGUGGUCAGAUCGGCACGCAGCCCACCGCCGCUCUGGCCGAGCUUCCUCCAAGUGUUGGUCUCGCCAGCGCUCAAGGAACAGGUGGCGGCUCAUCAAGUGGUGGUAACAACACCAGCACCAACAGCACCACGAGCAACGACCAGUCAAGCGGUGCGUCGCACACCGGCCCCAUCGUGGGAGGAAUCAUCGCGGCGAUCGCGGUGGUGGGCAUACUUGGAUAAUGCAGGUAGCGCAUGGAACGUACACGACGCGAACGCGAGCAGUUACUCGCUCGCCUCACCCUACCGGGACGACGGGCGCGGCGCGAGCGCGGAAUUCGAUCCAUACCAUCAGAAUGCACCAAGGAUGGCAGACAACGCAGGGCGGUACUGAAAGUGUGCAUGGACUUUGUUAUCUCAAAUCUUUUUAUCUCUCUCGUUAUACAUCAUCAACUCUGUUGACCUUCUCCCAUCGAAUUUGCUUUUUCAAGACCCAUUUCCCCUUGUCCGUCUUGUCAUCAGCGGUUGGGCUGGCGGGCGUCGUGUGUACCCUAGAGUCGGACAGUAGUACAGUACAACAGAACUAUCCUUGCACAGAAUCGUAUUUCCUCACCUUCUCUGUUGCUCUGUCACCACCCGCGCGUUUUUCGCUCGCCCUUCCGUCCGAUUGACACCUGCCACCACCAUGUUCUGUUACCUGUCCCUGGGACCACAUUUUUACAUGUUAUUGUCGCUACGCUUUGUUCCUCGUUACGAAUCCCGCUUCACGACUUGAUGACUCUCGGAUACGGAUAUUCUAUGCUUCUUGCUACUUAGAAUUUGGGGACUGACGAAACAAACUCCGGAUCCUAC